AUACUAAUCUCUGUUUUGUGAGGACAUUUUUUAUUUCAGUUGACGAUCGGAGUAUGACGUCAGAAGCGAUGGUUUUUUGGUUGAAUUUUAGUCUGCCGAGUGGGGGCGUAGUAAGUUAGCUGCAAAUGAUUCUCAAUUUUGGGAAAAGUCAUCCUUCUGAUUGCGAUCAAUAUUUAGUAUUUCCAGACAAGCCCAAUGUUGUUGAAUCGCCUUUUGUGAACGGUAUCGCAUCAUGCUUGAAAUUGUCGCUAUUUAUUGAAGUGCAGUCAGUCCGAUUGGCAAGUUAUACGCUACAUUAAGUUCAACAACAGUGCUUUAAGUCAACAUGAGCGAUAUGUCCCAUCAAGAGUCCGUCAAGCCCGGGGAUUCAGCAAGCCAGACUGGCAAGAGCAGCACGAGCAGUACCUCCAGAGCUAGAGUCAAAGCAAUGGUGAAGAGAGCGGCCUUGGCAGCCCAGGCAGCAGCUCUCCAUCAACAACAAGCUCUUGAACUGGAGGAGUUUAAGCUGAAGCAGAGAAGGAGUAAGCUUGAGCUACAGACAAGACUCAGCAUGGCAAAAGCUGAGGAAGAGGUUUUCUCCCAGCAUGGAGAGAGCAUGACUGCUGCUGCAAAUGAAGAUGUCUCCCAACAAAGAGGGGCCUUGACGACGGAGCCCAGCAUGGCUACAGAUUUAGAGAAGGGUGUCUACCAGCUGAGACAGCCCUCAAAGGUGCAACCUAACAGGGUCAGCACUACAGACAAGGACUUCUCCCAGCGUGGAGAGAGCAUGACUGCUGCUGCAGGUGAAGAUGUCUCUCAACGAAGAGGGGCCUUGACGACGGAGCCCAGCGUGGCUAUAGAUUUAGAGAAGGGUGUCUACCAGCUGAGACAGCCCUCAGAGUUGCAACCCAACAGGGUCAGUGCUACAGACAAGGACUUCUCCCAGCAUGGAGAGCCCUUGAAGUAUGAUACCACCAUUAACCAGAGUGAAACCACAGAACAGAAUGGCUCCAUACUAACUGGGUCAGAAGCAUGUUAUGGAAUCGCCAUAGGGGCCGGUAUGCGAUGUGUACUUCCCAUAGGUCCAGUGCAUGUUCAGGCAGCAGAUGGAGAUAGAUGUGUUCGUACCUAUGCUCUACUGGACUCAGGUUCGACCACUUCCUUCUGCACAGAGAGCCCUGUAAGGAAAGUGUCGGCACAGGGGGAAGAGCGCAUACUUUCCAUAUCAACUUUGGACGAUCCUGAUGGAAGGAUCCAGAUUCAAGAUGUGAGUCGUAUGGUCGACACAGGUCUCAUGACAGAAAGAGUGAAGCUUCAGAAGGUUUCUACCAACAGGAAGACCGACUUACUGAGUGAUGACAUGGCCAGUAUGCGAGACUUAGAAGGAUGGCAGCACUUAGAGGGGCUGGAUCUACCAUUUGCCUGCGGACAAGAAGUGGGACUCCUGAUAGGGCAAGAUGCGCCAUUUGCCCUGAUGCCCUUAGAGAAUGUACGUACUGUACUUAUAUGGUCCUUGCAUGGCCCUGCUGCUGCUAUUCCAGACAAAGGAAUGUCGGUGAAGGACAGAAAGGCUCUUGAAAUACAGAAUGAAGGGAAGUGCACAGAGAUGGAACAGUACCAGUUUCACAUACCCUUCAAGGAGAAACGACCUACAUGUAGCUUGACAGACAAACCAUGGGUAGCAGAACAAAGGUUGCGGAGUCUUAGAAGGAAGCUAGGUAGAGAUGAUGCUCUGCACAACAAGUACACAGAAGGUUAUGCCGAGGAGGUGGAAGAGCAAGAUUGUCAACCAGGUGACGUAACAUGUCGAUACCUCCCUCAUCCAGGUUUACGAUUUGGUACUGUCAGUCGACGAGCACACACCCCGCAAUGUUUGGCCUUUGGGAAGAGUCCUUCAGACAUGGCGAGACGAGAAAGGCUUCGAUCGACAGUGUGAAGUGAAGACCUGAACCAGCGUACUGCGGGAGACCAGUUACUAAGCUCUGUUUAAUUUUGGAGGCAGAUUCUUAGAAACAUUUUUGUGUUUCUAAGAUGAGGGGUCAAGCCUAGCGCUGUCCCGUGCCAAUUGUAGAGGUAUUUGUGUUUUGUGUUCUUAAAACCAGAAAGCGGAACUGACAUCGAUCUUAUCGCGUAUUAGAGUAACAUUGAUCAGUCGAGAAAUUGAGGAAUUUUUGUGCUUCAGCAUCAUGGACAGAGUGUCAACAUUUGAGCAACUUUCAGAGAAUUUUUAGAGACUUUUACAAGAAAUUUGAGGAAAGUUCAGCGUUUCAGAAGAAGUUCUAAGCAAGAAAAUAUGUUGCAAGACAAAGUUGAUAUUUAGUCAUAAGAGGAAAUACAUAUUAUUCUGAUCCUCUAAUAAUUCAGAGAAUGUCGAAGAACAAGAUUUUUGAAGAAAAUGGAUUAUACCAUAAUGCAAGACUGACAUGGUGUAAUUUAUGUUAUUAUGAUAUUGGAAAGUAACGUUUUUGUUUUUCAACCUUCUAAACAAACUCAUAUUCAUUAGAAAUGGUAAAUGUGCUUUUCCUUUAUAUUCAUAUGAUGAAUGCAUUUGUAUGUAUUCUAUAUUAGGUUUAUUUCCAGAGGAGAAAGCUUAAAGUUGCAGAAUGAAUACAUUCAAAUCAGUUAUACAUGUUGAUGAUAUGUGGUUUAUUACUGUUUCCGUGACAACCAAAUUACAUGGCGUUGGCUAUUUGGUAGAAUAUGUAAUACCAGAAUCGAUAAUGUCAUAUAUGCAGAUUAAAUGGUAUAUGCAGAU